AUGUCUGCCAGCGCAUAUGACAGACACAUUACUAUUUUCGCCGACAAUGGCCGUCUCUACCAAGUCGAGUACGCCUUCAAGGCCAUCACAGCCGCGAACAUCAUGUCUGUAGGCAUUCGCGGAAAGGAUUGCGCUGUCGUUUUGUCGCAGAAGAAGGUUCCCGAUAAGCUGAUCGACCCUGCUUCCGUCUCUCACAUCUUCAAAAUCUCGCCCGGUGUUGGCUGUGUCAUUACUGGAUCCAUCGCCGAUGCUAGAGCCUUUGCGCAAAGAGCGCAGGGCGAGGCUGCCGAGUUCCGAUACAAGUACGGCUAUGAGAUGCCCGCCGAUGCCCUAGCCAAGCGUCUUGCCAACAUUAGCCAGGUUUAUACGCAAAGAGCUUACAUGAGGCCGUAUGGUGUCGCCACAACCAUCAUCUCCCUCGAUUCCGAGUACGGCCCCCAGCUGUUCAAGUGCGAUCCGGCGGGUUAUUAUAUUGGAUACAAGGGCACUGCCGCAGGUCCUAAGCAACAGGAGGCCCUGAAUCACCUCGAGAAGAAGCUUCGCAACAAGGACUGCGCCGAAGGCAACUGGGAGGAGGUUGUUGAACAGGCUAUUACGACUCUGGGAACGGUGCUGAGCAUGGACUUCAAGAAGGGCGAGAUUGAGAUUGGCAUUGUUGGUGGCCCGCGCGCUGACGGCAAGGAGGGCACGGAUCCCGGCUUCCGUCUGCUUACCGAAGAGGAGAUUGACGACCGUUUACAAGCUAUCGCUGAGAAAGAUUAA